UUACAAAUCCUGCUUUUGAUCUUAAAGGUACACAACAAGAUUUUGUGCCAAAACACCACGCAGUCAGAACAGGGGAAAAUUUGGAGCGCUUUCUACACCCAGAUCUCAGAAGAAUCCUGCAAUUGUCCCAUCGACUAAAUAAAUGACCCGGUGAUUAAAUUACAGCUCAUCCCUUUGCAAGAGAUGAAUUGUAAAUAAAGGCUCUGCGAACAAAGCUUCAUAUGUCAGACUUUCUGCCCAAACACUCCCGGUUCUUUCACAUUUGUGAAAAUUAGAUCUUUCUGAUAUUCAUAUUAUGUUUUUUUCGUGAAAUGUUUCUUUUAGGUCAUGAGCGAGAUGAGUAGGAUCUACAGCACCGCAACAGUUUGAUACAUUGUUUGAUUUAAAAAUAUGCAUGACAUUUAUUUACGCUUAUUUCUUAUUCAGAGUAUUAGCAGGUUUUUACAAAUCCUGCUUUUGAUCUUAAAGGUACACAACAGGAUUUUGUGCCAAAACAUUUGAUGUUGACAGGCUGAAAUGGUUCAACGUGACACGUUAUGAAGAGAUGUCACUUCUUGUUAAACCACCAAAAGUUUUCCAGAAUGAGAUAUCUAUUUGAAUCUGAUAAAGCAUCAAAGCAUGACAGAUUUCAGCAGAGUGAGGCUGAAUGUUCCCUUUAGACAUCAUAUCUGUAAACGAAAACUGAUACACCCUCUGUUAUUGCUCUGCUGUCCAAAGGCCAAGGCAGCUCAGCAGGUUAAUAAAACUAUAUAAGUGUACUGUGAGCUCUCUUCUCAGAGUCAUAUUGUGUGGCGGAUGAAGAAGCCAAGAUGUCCGCUGGGAUUCUUGUAGCGCUUCUGGCCGUGUCUUCGGCUGUUUCUCUGGUGACUGCUGACGUGGAGACUGAGGCCAGGUUGUUCCUGGAGAGGUUUGACCAGAAUGCCAGUGAGAAGAUGUACAAGUACUCACUGGCAUCAUGGGCCUACAACACCGACAUCACUCAGGAGAACUCGGACAAAGUGUCAGAACAGGGGCAAAUUUGGAGCACUUUCUACACCCAGAUCUCAGAAGAAUCCCGCAAUUAUCCCAUCGACCAAAUAAAUGACCCGGUGAUUAAACUACAGCUCAUCUCUUUGCAAGAUAAAGGCGCUGGUGCUCUGUCUGAGGACAAAGCUUCACAUCUCAGUAAGGUCAUGAGUGAGAUGAGUACGAUCUACAGCACCGCAACAGUUUGCCUGAAAGAUGACCCCCUAAACUGCCAGACUUUGGAGCCAGGCCUGGAGUAUGUAAUGUCCAACAGCCGAGACUACGAAGAGCGUCUCCACGUGUGGGAGGGCUGGAGGAGGGAGGUGGGGAAGAGGAUGAGGCCUCUGUACGAAGACUAUGUGGAUCUGAAGAAUGAAGCUGCCAAACUUAAUGGUUUUGAAGACUAUGGAGCUUAUUGGAGAUACAAUUAUGAGACCCUCGAUGAAGACGUUCCUUACAAGUACACCAGGAACCAGCUGAUGGAAGACGUUCGCUCAAUAUACAAAGAGAUCAUGCCUUUAUACAAAGAGCUGCAUGCCUAUGUAAGAUCCAGGCUUAUGGAGGUCUACCCAGGAUACCUUGACUCAGAGGGACCCCUGCCCGCCCACCUCCUGGGUGACAUGUGGGGAAGAUUCUGGACCAACCUGUAUCCCCUGUCCGUCCCGUACCCUGAAAAACCAGACAUUGACGUCAGCAGCACUAUGGUGGAGCAGGGUUGGGAUGAAACACGAUUUUUUAAGGAAGCAGAGAAGUUCUUUAUGUCUGUGGGUCUCUACAAGAUGUUUGACAACUUCUGGACCAACUCCAUGUUGGUGAAGCCCAAUGAUGGACGGAAGGUGGUCUGCCACCCCACCGCCUGGGACAUGGGAAACAGAGAGGACUUCAGGAUAAAAAUGUGCACCAAGGUCAACAUGGACGACUUCCUCACCGUGCACCACGAGAUGGGCCACAACCAGUACCAGAUGGCUUACCGCAACCUGUCCUACCUCUUGAGGGACGGAGCCAACGAAGGUUUCCACGAGGCCGUCGGAGAAAUCAUGUCGCUCUCUGCUGCCACGCCCAAACACCUGCAGAGUCUGGGACUUCUCCCUAGCGACUUCGUUUAUGACAGUGAGACUGAGAUCAACUUCCUGCUGAAACAGGCUCUCACCAUCGUGGCCACGUUGCCCUUCACCUACAUGCUGGAGGAGUGGCGCUGGCAGGUGCUUGCAGGGAAUAUCACCAAAGAUGAAUGGAUGAAGCGCUGGUGGGAGAUGAAGAGGGAGCUGGUGGGAGUUGUCGAGCCUGUCCCCAGAGACGAAACUUAUUGUGACCCGCCUGCUCUGUUUCACGUAUCUGGAGACUACUCCUUCAUCAGGUAUUUUACAAGAACCAUCUACCAGUUUCAGUUCCAGAAAGCGCUGUGUGACGCAGCUGGUCACACUGGUGACUUGUCCUCAUGUGACAUCACUGGUUCCAAGGAAGCAGGAACCAAGCUGAGAAACAUGUUGGAACUGGGGAGGUCUGAGUCCUGGACCAGGGCUUUGGAAACAAUAGCUGGAAAUGUAAGAAUGGAUGCUGGUCCACUGCUGGACUACUUCAAGAAACUGUAUGACUGGCUGAAAGAGAAUAACCAGAAACACAACAGGGCUGUUGGCUGGAAGACAACAGUGGAUCCAUAUUCGCAAUAUGCCACCAAAGUAAGAAUAAGUCUGAAAGCUGCUAUGGGAGACAAUGCUUAUUCCUGGAACUCCAAUGAGAUGUACCUCUUCAAGGCCAGCAUCGCCUACGCCCUCAGGCAGUACUACAGCCAGAAAGACCAGAACCUUCCUUUCACAGCAGAGAACAUUCUCACUUACAAAGAAACCCCCCGGAUCUCCUUCUACAUGGUGGCCACCCACCCAGGAAGCCCCUCUACAUACAUUCCCAAGUCUGAAAUGGAGGCAGCUGUCAGGUUAAAUCGGGGUCGAAUCAACGAAGCCUUCCAACUGGACGACCACACACUCGAGUUUGUAGGUAUCGUACCGACACUGGCCCCUCCUGUACAGCAGCCAGUGGAGGUGUGGCUGGUGGUGUUCGGUGUUGUGAUGGGACUCACAGUGUUGCUGGGCGCCUACCUCAUCGUAUCUGGUUUCAGGGAGCGCAAGAAGAACCUGUCAAAGCCGCCUGCGGAGAAUCCUUACAGCAUAGAUGUUGAUGGGAUUAGUAACGCUGCCUUUGACGAUCUUGACACUGGACUUUAAGGAGCCAAGGAAGUGAGAAAAGUUGAAGCUCAGAGCGUCUGGACUCACAGUCAGUUCUGUGUGACUUUUCACAAACAUUAAAUGUGAAUCCAUGUGGAGAUUUCAGUAUUGUAAAAAUGCUCAGAGGCAAAAUAAAAACAAAAACAAGACAGCAGGCUUAACCUCCAAAGACUUUAAUAUUUAUUGACUUUCAAUCAUGACAAUAAUUCAGUAAUGAUGUUGCAUAAUGUAUUCUUAAUUUUCUUUAAGUUUUUAAAACACUUUGUGGUUCAGUGACAUUUCUAUAUAUUAACAUAAUGAAGGAGUAAAUAUUGUUUAAAAGUACUGUGAAGCUGUGAACAUGAUAGGAGUUUGUUAGUAAAAUGUAAUUCAGAGGUUUUUGUUUUUCUGUCAGUUUCCAUAAUGAGGUUAAGCUGAACUUUACCUCAUUAUGGUGAACUUUGAUUUCAGCACGUCUUCUUUUCAUGCAAUUUGUAAUCUUAAGAGUGUAACAUACGCUGUCAUUCUUGAUCUAAAUUACUGGUUGACGCAGAAUAUGCACAAUUUGUUUGAACAUGUAAUUUCAUUUCAAGUUUUUUUUUUUUUUUUUUUUUUGGAGUGCAAGGAAUUUGAUUUCAUUUAAAUAAAUGUCAUAGCUACAAUAGUAAUAAAAAAGGUUUUAUCAA